CAUUGAAGGUCUCGAACUGCCGGUGUCAUUCCUCCUACCGCCAAUUCAGUAUCACUUGGCAUUUCGGAUUAGCCCUUGGACAGUUAUUAUCCUCUCUUCCACCUAGCUAGGUGUUCACGGUGCCGAGCAUGGCGACAGUCAAAGCCGCAGACCCGAUACUGCGCGCAUCCCUUCGGCCCUCGUCGAUACGGCGGUUCGAGCGAGUUGGAGGCGCCAAGCUGAACAGUCCAGUGUUGACAUCGGUGCGGUGGAAAUCAGGCCCAUAUGGAUAUACACAGGCGAAGGCCCUUGUGUUCAGCCAAUAUGGUGAGCCAAAGGACGCCUUGAAACUACACACACACUCCAUCUCGCCUUCUCUCCCAUCCUCCUCCGUCCUCCUGCGAACCCUCGCCGCCCCAAUCAACCCAGCAGACGUAAACACAAUCCAAGGCACAUACGGGGUAAAGCCAAAGUUCACCUCUCUAAUCGGGACACCCGAACCGUCCGCGCUCCCAGGUAACGAAGGUGUCUUCGAAGUGGUCUCAUCCCCGCCCUCGUCCUCAGGCCUCGCAAAAGGCGACUGGGUGAUCCCCGCAAAGACGGGCUUCGGCACCUGGCGCACGCACGCCGUGGCCCCAGUCGACGGCGUCAUCAGAGUCGACAAGGACGGCCUGAACCCACUCCAAGCCGGCACCGUGAGCGUCAACCCGUGCUCCGCGUACCGCAUGCUCCGCGACUACGCCGACCCUGCCCUGAGGGAAGGAGACUGGUUCAUACAGAACGGCGCGAAUAGCGGCGUGGGCCGCGCCGCGAUCCAGCUCGGCCGGCUCUGGGGGUACCGCAGCAUCAACGUGGUUCGCGCUCGCGACUCCGAGGUCGCUACCCAGGCGCUCAAGGAUGAAUUGCUGGCUCUCGGCGCGGACCACGUCGUUACCGAGGAGGAGUUCCUGGCGCGCGAGUUCAAGGAUAAAGUAGCGGAAUGGACGCGCGGGACCGGUGGGAGCGGAGUGCGGCUCGGACUGAACUGUGUGGGGGGUAAGUCCGCGCAGACCAUCGCCAAAUCGCUGGGCACGAGCGGCACCAUGGUCACGUACGGCGGCAUGGCGAGACAGCCGGUGGCACUACCCACUGGCCUCCUCAUCUUCAAGGACUUGCGGUUCGUGGGAUUCUGGCUGAGUCGCUGGGCCGACGGCGACACGGCGGCCAAGACGCGGACGGUCAACGAGAUCCUCGAUUGGACGCGCCAGGGCAAGUUCAAAGAUACUCCCGUUGUCGAUGUCCCCUGGAACUGGGAGACGGAAGACACGCCGUUGAAGGAGGCUGUGCAGGGGACAUUGGAAGGGUUCAGGGCUGGGAAGGGUGUUUUCGUGUUUGGAGAGACGUGAGGAAUGAAUAUUGUAUAUGAUGAAUGGAUGCUAGAAUCAACACCUCGUAUCGCUAUGUUUUCAUGAAAUAACAUUCGGAGAAUGGAACUGUUGGAAGUACACCUUAUCAAUGUCUUCGGCACGGAAAGGACAGUGUAUAUAUCGUAAUGACAAGAAUCAUAAUAGAGCUUUCUAGCAGGUAUGUGGCUUCGUCACUGCAUGAAAAUGAGCCUACGAUUGUAUAUUCAUUAGCUCCUGUACACCGUUUGAGCCCUCUAACCGAGCCCCGGACCGCUCCAAGUAAGAAACACAAGG